UGACAAUUCUUUAACAUUUUUUGGAUUCCAUAACAUUUGAAGAUUUUUUUCCCUACAUGAUGGAGAUGUUUGGUUUAACCCUUACAGGUUACAGCAAUUUUAUCAAAGAAGUAAUCAAAGAAGACUACAAAGAGCCAAGAAUUCUGCCAAAUAACAAGGAAAUUCUAGAUAUACGUCUAAGAAAAAAUCCUUUAAAAACUUUUAGUGAAGUCUACAAUGAGAUUGAUCCUAUAUUGGGAACUGGUGAUGGAUUUUCCUAUGGAAGUCACGAGCGUUUAAGAUUGCAAAGAAAAAAGGGACUUACAAAACCUGUUGGCCCUACAGACAUAUAUAGAAUACCAGUAAGUCGGUCCCAGGAAAUAGGGUUCUGGAUAAAGGAUCCACUUUUAGAGGAAUCCACCUGGAUGAAGUUACCGAAGAGUUAUGGAUCUCGUAGAAGCGAUGUAUCCGAGUAA